GACGAAAUCAAUCAUAGUUACGGAUGUACACAAACAUGGUGGACAUUUCAUAAAUUUACAAAAAAAUCUUAUAAAAAGUCCCGUUUUUAUUUUGUUUAAACUAAGUGCGCAAUUAAAGAGGGCUUACAGCCAUGUCUCAGCAGGAGUUGCCUCCGGAUGGAGAUGUAUAUGCAGAACAAGCAAAGAAACUUGUCGAUGAUGUGAUUGAAUUGGCCAUCAAACGCCUGGAAACAAACCUCUCCCUCAUGUCGGAGAAAGAACGGACUUUUGAAUCACUUAAAUAUAGUGAAAUGAUGUCAAGAGAGUCUACAUUUGCAAGAGAAGAUGAUUUUGUGAUUGACAACAUUGCAUGGCUCGCUAUCGGGGACUUUAGUGUGGAAAUGGCAGAAAGCAAAAUUAAUGAAUUUAUUAAGACAUGGAAAUAUGACAAUAGUUGGUUGUAUUGCGUGGACUACUUGGGUAAAGAUGAACAUGAGUUUGAUACCAGGCAUCGAUUCCGAGUACGCUGGAGUGUACCCACACGACGAAAACCAAUUCCUCGUGCUACAGCCUGCGUUUACUUCACAUUUCAAGUCUCCAAAAUUAAACCUAAAUCACAUCCAGUCGAAGUAUUUUAUGUGUUUGAGACAAACAGGCUUGUACACAAAGCUGCCAAUGCUGAUGGCUCACCUUCAAGACCGGGAGAGUCAAGAUUUAGAGAAAAAUGGCUCAAGGACAUCAUCGAGAGCAAGGUCAUUAUGAUGCAAGCCUUGACCUUUUGACCUUCAACUUUGACAUUCAGAGUGUGACCUCACAACAUGUGACCUUUAUAAAUGUGACACUUUUUGUAUGAUCUUUUCAGUCUAGGAAUGGUCAUAACUUGUGGCAGAUAUUAUAUUAUAUUGGCAACAUUAAAUGUGAAUAAACUAUGACCUAAUGAUCUUUAAAUUUGACCUUGAUAGUAUUACCUUCAUAAUACGUGAUGUUUAUUCUGUGUGACAUAUCUUAGGUGAUUAUGUCUUGGAAAUUGAGAUAGUCAUUUGUUUUUUUCUUGUUAAUAGAAACUGUUAAAGGUUUAUGGAUGAGCUAAUUAAAACCAUUUUCUUUAUUGUGAAAUAAUGUACAUUGUACUUUAGUAAUGCUGACUGUGAUAAAGGAAUUUAUUGUUUUUAUAUCAUAAAACAAAAACUUACCGUGUUGAAUGAAACAUGAAUGGAGAUAAACAUUUAACACAAAUAAAUAUUAUUACUUAAAA